CUCAGGUCUGCUGGUGAACCUGCCCAGUAUCAUGGACUGGCUGGCCUGGUUGAAGUACCUCAGUAUCCCUCGCUACGGUCUAACAGCCCUGGAGAUCAACGAGUUUGUGGGGCUGAAGUUCUGUGAGGACCCUGCCGUUGGCGCCACGUCUCCUGGCUCUGGCAUGAUGACCAACUGCAGUAUGAACGCUACUCACGCUCUCGGGAUAAUGUGCACCGGUGAACAAUACCUGGACUACCUAGGAAUAGAAUACACUACAUGGGGCCUAUGGGAAAACCACGUUGCCUUGGCGAUAAUGACACUCAUUUUCCUGGUCAUCGCCUAUCUGAAGCUGCGGUUUAUUAAGAAGUUCACAUAAGAAGUGUCUUAAUUUGCCUUACUAUUCACUCCUCUGUGGUUAUAUCAAUGACAAACUGCCAGUAGUUUCUCUCUCCAUACAUAUGUUAUAACAUGAAGCAGUGUGCCUAUGGUUUGCACUGAAACAGGUUAAAGGGCUAGUUCAGCCAAAUUACAAAUUCACAUAUUCAUUUCCUAGACAAGUGGAGACUGCAAUCCAACGCUUUGGCUUUGCUGAACUAGCGACACUAGCGCUGUAAAUGAGUAAUUUGGCUGAACUGUCACUUUAAUGUUCAAAAUCUAUGCAUGAAUGUACAUUUUCACCACAUGAAUAUUCAUGUGGAAUCUUUGUCCUCCAGUUCUCACGGUUCUCAUGUUGACUGCUGUGUUUAUUUGUUCCAGUCUAGUAUGAGACCAUGCCUUGGUAUUUAGUUAAUAGUUUCUAUUUAUAGAGGAACUUAACUCAUUUAUUUGAAAAAUGAUGAUGUUGAAUUAUGUUUAUAUGAAUGACGUUUAUUAGUGCAUUUAUUUUUUGUGUAAUCAUUGAAUUGUUUGUUUCUAUCAUGUUUAUAACUUUUUUUUUAUCUAUGCUAGUUUUUGGAAACAAUACUUUUAUA